AUGCCUUCGACAUUCUCUUACCAAUGGGAAACUCCCAAGUACAAGGGGAAAACAUCCUUUAACACUGGUAUCUUCAUCGACGGCAAGUUCCUCGAUGGGUCCAACAGCACAACCAUCGAUGUCAUUAACCCCACCAACGGAAAGGUUAUCACGUCGAUUUCAGAAGCUGUGGAGAAGGAUGUCGAUCUCGCCGUCGCCGCCGCCCAGAAGGCAUUCGACACCGUCAAAAGUAUGGAGAGACACAAGGAGGAACUGGCUGCGAUUGAAUCCUUGGACAACGGCAAAACAUACGAUUGGGCCCUCGGAACUGACGUCUCUUUCUCGAUCGACGUGAUCAAGUACUUCGCCGGUUGGGCCGACAAGGUCACAGGGCAAACGAUCGAGACCGACGAACGAAAACUCGCCUACACUCGCCACGAGCCCAUCGGGGUUGUUGGCCAGAUCAUUCCCUGGAAUUUCCCUCUUCUUAUGUGGUCAUGGAAGAUCGGCCCUGCUCUCGCUACUGGAAACACCAUUGUCCUUAAGCCUUCCGAAUUCACCCCCCUGACCGCCAUUCGAAUGUGCGAGAUCCUCAAAGAGGCUGGCAUCCCUGAUGGUGUCGUCAAUCUCGUUACCGGAUACGGGCACACCGUUGGCGCUGCCAUUUCGUCGCACAUGAAAAUCGAGAAGGUCGCUUUCACGGGCAGCACACUCGUCGGCCGCAAGAUCAUGGAGGCUGCUUCCAAGUCAAAUUUGAAGACCGUUACGCUCGAGCUCGGAGGAAAGAGCCCGAAUAUCAUUUUCGACGACGCAGAUCUGGACCAGGCCGUCAAUUGGGCAGCCCAUGGUAUCUUCUGGAAUCACGGACAGGCAUGCUGCGCCGGCUCGCGCAUAUUCGUCCAGGAGGCUAUCUACGACGAGUUCCUGAAGCGCUUUACCCAGAAAGCUCGUGAGAUCAGGGUCGGCGACCCCUUCGACAACGAUACCGACCAGGGACCUCAAGUCUCACAAAUUCAAUACGACCGCAUCAUGGGCUACAUCGAGUCCGGAAAACAGCAAGGCGCCACUGUGGCGAUUGGCGGCGAUCGCAAGGGUAACGAGGGCUACUUUAUCAACCCCACCAUCUUCACGGACGCUACCCCCGACAUGAAGAUCGUGCAAGAGGAGAUCUUCGGCCCUGUUGGUGUCGUCAUCAAGUUUAAGACCCAGGAGGAAGUCGUCAAGCAGGCAAACGACACGGCGUACGGCCUCGCUGCCGCCGUCUUCUCGCAAAACAUCAACCGCGCCAUCGAGACCGCCCACCAGCUGCAAGCCGGUACUGCCUGGAUCAAUUGCAUCAACCAACUCCACGCGCAAGUGCCAUUCGGUGGCUACAAGCAGUCAGGUAUCGGACGCGAGCUCGGAGAGUACGCCCUCUCGAAUUAUACUAACGUCAAGGCGGUGCACAUCAACCUCCAACAUCGCAUUUAA